AUGUAUCAGACACAGUGUGAUGGAAUGGUGUGGUCUACUUCUGGGAUGCAAGACAGCUCGGGCAUGCGUUCGCCAACGUCAUCAACUUCAUCAAAUGCCUCCUGGGAAGCCGGUUCAUCGCAGCAAAGACUCUUAAAUUCAUUCGACAACCAGCAAACAAGUCCGGUUUCUCUCGUGCAGGAGCAGUUCUCCACGGCUCGCCAGAGCGGAGGCUCCGGCCGGCUCAAGCGACGAGCAUCUCAAGGAUCCCUGCUCACCAAACCGUCCAGUGUCUCGCGUUUCCUCUCCAGAAGCAACGUCUCGCUUCAUCUCCCGCCAUUCGAGAACCUUGGCCUCUCUUCGAAAUCUUCUAGUCGGGUCGAAUCUCGCACCCACUCCGUUGAACCCCGUCUUCGUCUCACUACAACCUCCGUCUCGAACCCACAAACCGUCCAUACAUCCCCCGUCACCUCCGUUAUCUGGGACACCUCGUCGAAGGAUUGUCCUCAGAGUGACUACCCUGCAACGCUUCCUCCGACACCCCCGGAAGACGACGAGCACGUGCUGUGGAACUCGAAUUCCAAGAUGCUCCUGUUCGACUCUCACAUGAACCGCAACCCCGCGCCAAUACCCAUGGAUGAAGGCCCAAAUAUGGAUAAUUCGCCGCGGGGAACCGCUUCCGACGGUCUAGGCAGUCCCUCAGAUGGCCUCUCGAAUUCUUCUCCUCCCAGUUCAGACGGAAGCCGCAACUCGCCUGGAGGCGAUAUGGAUUGCGACCAUGAUUCAUGGCUGGAGAGUUCCAUCGAAUCGACUGUAUCAUCGCUGCCAUUUUCGAAUGCCCGCGGUGAACCCGUUAAGAUCGUCUCUCAGACGCUCCCCUACCCAUACACCUCCGAAACGCCCACACCAAACAGGACCACCGAGGGCGUUUUCACCUCGCUUGUUCAUGUCAUCCAAAACCGGCGUCGGCAGGGCCAGUCGCCCUACAUCAACGUCACCCACGCAGUCCCCGAGCAGUUCAGCCUCACAAAUCUCCCCUCGUCACCCCCAGGGACGCCGCGCUGUAUGCUCCCUGGCAACGACUAUUUUAACUCCACCGUUUUCUCCAGUGCCGCGGUAGUUUCCGCUUACCACGACUUCCGUGGUCCUAUCCAAACCAAGGCUUCGCACUUCCCGAUGCCGAUUGUCCCACCCCACUCCGUACAUAUCUCCGUCCUGGAGCGAUAUAUUCCACCAUCGUCGCCCCAGGAAUACCGCGACCUGUUCUCCCCUCACCGCCCAUCUUUCCUGGUCGACCGGCUUUCAGAGCUCUCUCCCGAUGGUGGCUCGCUGCUUUUCAUCUACCCCACCCGCAGGGGAGGCUCGGCCUUUAAGUCCCAGUACCUAGGACCCAUUCUGGAUCCGUUGCUUCGGCAGCUCGUCGUAGUCAACGAGCUAUCGACGGACAUUGGUCGGUACCUAGGCAAACUUUCUUCCGUCUCCCACAUGGAGGAUUUUGACACCAUGAGACAUAAUCUCUCCGAAUUAUGCCGUGCGUUGAGCUCCUCUUCCUCUUCUGAGUUUACUAUCGUCGAUGCCAGGAAAGGGAGCGCCCAUCUCGAUCGCAACCUCUGGGCCGAGUGGUACAUCCACCAAGAAAAAGCUCGGAUGAAGGAAGUGCUCAGCCUCUACUGGCAGAACGGCCGUCGUCUCCCGGUUUCCAAAGCCGCGUCGAACAUCGCUCAUCCUUAUAUCUUGGCUCCCGACAAGGAGGUCACGUCUGCCAUGUUGUUGGGCGAGAUUCUCGAUGGCAUCCGCAGGCGGCCCUACGGCGAAGAGAGCGAACCCCACGACGGGGUCGAGCUCGGAGUGUUCGUGAUCCGUCGGUCACACUAA